ACAUCGUCAAAUGCCAUUUCACCAUUUUCCACACGCCAAGCGUUGCCCGACAACUUCACAAAUACGCCUCGUCGGAAAACCGGUGUCUCUCUUUAUCUUCCUCCACUCUCAAUUACCUCGUGAUGAAUUGAAAGAGGACACGAAAUGCGCAAUAUUUACGAGUAGCUGGACAACAACCCACGGCAUUAUUUAUUCCGAAUAUAUUUUUAAAUAAUUGUAAAGGAGAUUUUUUAAAGUGCCAUGAAGGCGUGCACUAAUGUGCGGGAUCUGUGAUGAAUUAGUGUUUUUUUAUUGAGUUUAAAAUUCCAUUCGGACAACGUGCCGAUACCCUCGGGCAGUACCAAAAUGUCCCAGGACGACGAUGUUGGCUUCUUGUACAAAACCAUGAUUGAACGCGAUCCAAAGAAGCGUCGCGUGAAGCCCGUGGAAUCAGCCCAGCAAUCACUUCUAGAUUUUGACCUGGAGGAGAGCUCAGACGAUAGUGAUUUCAGAAUUGAAGAUCACUGUGAAGAGUCUGACGACGAUUCCGUUGAUUCACAUGAUCCUGCAAAGGACGAUGAAGAAGUGGACUCUGACGCUUCCUCGGACUCCUUGGAGGACCCCCUAAUCUCAACGAAGCCCCCAUCAGCGGUAACGAUUGGAGACGUGAUUGAUCAAGCCCGCCACCAGUCCGAGAAGACCCUCCAGCUGGAUGAGAAGCUCGCCAAAAUGUUAAUCUGCUGUGGAUGCUUGGGGGAUCGAAGCGACGACAUAAACGAGAUUGUGGAGUGCGAUGGCUGUGGAGUAACUGUCCACGAAGGUUGCUACGGUGUUUCGGAUGUGGAGAGCUUCUCCAGCACGGACUCCCUUCGACAGUCAGCUCCCUGGUUCUGUGAGGCCUGUUCCGCGGGCGUGGAGGAUCCCUCCUGUGAGCUCUGUCCAAAUAAAGGAGGCAUCUUCAAGGAGACAGAUGUGGGCAAGUGGGUCCACCUCGUGUGCGCUCUGUAUGUACCAGGAGUAGCUUUCGGUGAGGUCGAUCGUCUUUCCAGUGUCACUCUCUUCGAGAUGGCGUAUACCAAGUGGGGAUCAAAGACUUGUUCCUUAUGUGAGGACUCUCGUUACGCUAGAACUGGUGUCUGUAUCGAGUGUGAUGCUGGCAUGUGCCACACGUACUUCCACGUGACCUGUGCUCAACGCGAGGGAUUACUCUCGGAGGCUCACAGUGAGGAAGUUGAUCAAGCUGAUCCCUUUUACGCCCACUGCAAACUCCACUCCGAUAAGACACUCGUUCGCCGGAGAAGGAGGAAUUGGCUUGCGCUGAGGAUUAGGUCCGAGUACAGGCAGCAGUUGCUCAAGCAGACUGAUCAUCUCGACACUGAGGAGCAGAGGAGAAUCCAGAGGAAACUUGCUAAACAUCGGCACAGGUAUCUCGCUAAUAAAGCUGGAAGGCCUUCACCCUGGGUCCCCACGCAGAAGAUGCCCAGACUGCUGACUACUUCAGCUUCUGCAUAUCGUCAGCUCGCGAAGAAGGCGGAGCUCAUGGGAAUUGAUACGGCUGCUCUAGAGGCACAGGAGGCGCAACUGGUUGCUCUGGUGGAUGUCAGGAAGAAGUGGCAUAUUCCACCUGCCUUCAGUGUUGAAUUCAUUGGGUACUAUCUUGAUCGUAAUUUACGUGUCACCACGAUGAAGCGAAAGCUCCAGGAGUUGCUGGACAUAAAUUCACAGCUUCUUAAUGAACAGCAGAGGCUCGAUAGGAAGUACGAUGAGGUGAUGAAGGAUAAUGAGGAGCAAAUCAGGGUCAAUGUGACCCUUAAGGAGAAAAUUGAGUUGUAUCACCAGGUGAUGAGAGCUAGUGGCUACGUCAAGCCUCUACCACUCAUCGGUGAUAUCGUGAAACCCAGGAUUCCACCAACUCUAGGAGCUGGACUUGGAGUUCCAACGGCUGCAGCUUUGAAAAUGGGGGUAGGUUUUCCCCUACCAGUAACGAAGGGCUCUGAAGGCGCUAGAGAGGGCCGAGUUCUCAGCAGCCAAGCGCAGGAGCAACACGUGCAGAAGCCUGAAUUGACUUUACGUCAUCAGUGUGGCAUCUGCAGGAGAUCCACUAAUCAGCAUUUACUGGCUAAGUGUGACACGUGCCAUUUACAUUAUCAUUUGUCCUGCCUCAGUCCACCAUUAUCACGAAUGCCUAAGAAGACUAAACUCAUGGGCUGGCAGUGCUCAGAAUGCGACAAAGAAUCAUCAGGUUCUGACGUCGAACGAGUGGACACAUCAGCCCCUCGUAAACUGCGCCAUUGCAAGGAUGAGGUGAAUGUGGUGUCAACUCCACCCCGGGAAGUGCAGCUAUCAGCUACCCCCGUUACCCCAACGACCUCCAGAUCUCACAACUCGAGUGUAAAUUGCUCUCUUGUUGAUAUGCCAACACCAAAAUUGACAAUCAAACCGAUGAUUCCACAACCACCAGUGCCCGAGCCGAUGCAAAUUGAUGAAACACCUUAUGCUCCCCAACAGAUACCUGAGAGUGUGAGAAUAGUUCCUAGGGAGGGCUCGCCCCAGUACAUGGUAGCAUGUGCUGAUGGUACCGAAUCUGUUUCCCAGAGAAGUGGGAAGAAGAGGAGACGGGAGAAGCAUAAACGUUAUACACCUGAUCCCAUUACUGGGGUUAAACAACGGAAGAGAAAACAUAAGAGGAAGAGUGUUGAUGUAGAGAACCCAGAUAAUCAGGGGCAGCCGGAGAUCCAUCGCAGAAUUACUAUUAAGAUAAAACCGAUUCCACGUCCAGACGGUGAGAAAGUCUCAGAUUCGAGUCCCCAAAUGUUCGUUGCUACCUCCACCAGCACCGAAAUUGAUACCCCACCACCCACGCAUGUGUUCCCAACCCCAGCACCUCUUCCACCGCCACCACCACCACCUCCACCGACUCCUCCACCUCAACUAUCCUCAAUGGCAACACAACCCAUCCAGCAAACUAGUCCGAUUAUCAUCACUGCACAUGGUUCGAGAGGAUCGACAGGCAAGAAGAGUAAAGAUAUGGAGUUGACUCAGUGCAAUGUCUGCGACCUGCCGGGCAGUUCGCAGAAUCUCGUAAUGUGUGACGAGUGCAAAAAGUGUUAUCACUUCACCUGUCUCGAUCCUCCAGUGAAAAAAUCUCCAAAGCGACGUGGUUACUCCUGGCACUGCGCGGACUGUGAUCCUAGUGCCUCUGAAACUGAGAAUUAAUUUCCAUCAAUUUUAUCUCCCAGCGACGACUGUAUGGAAGUUCACGGAUUAACAUUUUUUUUCAAUAUGGAAUAUGAAUACUAAAAAUGAACAUAGUGAUAAUAAUAAUCGUAUAAUAAUAAUCCAACAUGAUAUGGUUAUUUGAAAUAGAUGUGUUUAAACAUCUCAUGUCAAUCCCAUUAUUGUUUUAUAUUCAAUAUUGAAUUUUGGAAUUUGUGAAAAAAAGAUGAUGAAUAUAUCAAAAUACUCUGCA